UUUUGGUCACGUGAGAUCAUAUCUCUAACCUACAUACGGGGCACUUCAAAAUGGAAGCCCCCUGCGGGAAGUUUUUUGCAUGGGGUGCCAACAGUUAUGGUCAGCUUGCGUUAGGACAUACAGAAGACCAAAUGUUGCCAAAAACAACAGAGGACUUCAACAUACCUUUGAGACAUGCCACAGGUGGAGGAGGACAUACAUUAUUACUUACAGAUAGUGGUCAGUUAUUUACAUGUGGCAAUAAUAAUAAGGGUCAGCUUGGUUUGCAACAUACAGAAGAAAUGUUCAGGCCACAGAUAGUGAAGGCACUGGAAAAGGAACUCACUGUUUGUGCCAAAGGAGGAUGGGACUUCACCUUGGUGUUAUCAAAUGAAAAAAAACUGUAUGCAUGUGGUUCUAACAUGUUUGGUCAGCUUGGUUUGACCCCUGUGCAAUCUUAUGUCUCAAGCCCAACACCAGUAAAUUUGAAUUGCCUAGUCAAAGAUCUCUCUACUGGUUUGAGACAUUCAGUGCUUCUGACAGAGAAAGGCAAUGUUUUAACAAUGGGAAGUGGGAAAAAGGGACAACAAGGUGUACUGGUUAAUGAUGUUCCCCCAAAAAUUGUGACCACCCCAAAUGAAGUGGCAUUCCCAAGUGGUCCUAUGACUGCAACACAAGUAGUAGCAGGGUCACAUCACACAGCAUGUUUGUCAGAUCAGGGCCAGGUGUUUGUAUGGGGUUGCAAUAAAUAUGGCCAAUGUGCACUAAAUCCACGUACCCAGCCACAGGUGAACAGACCCCAUUGCGUGUCACAGAAAGUUUUUAGAAAUAAAAAAGUGUGUCAAGUCUACAGUGGGUGGACACAUCUCCUUGCAGUCACAGAUGAUGGCCAGGUGUUCAGUUGGGGUAGGGCUGACUAUGGGCAGUUAGGAAGACCAGUCCAGAGUGGUCAGUUGUGUGAUUUCACCCCAACACCCAUUGAGUCCAUUCCACAGGUAUCUCAGUUAUGUUGUGGAUCAGAGCACAGCCUAGCAAUUACAG